AAAAUCAGGAAAGGUAGGUGCUGGAAUUUGGGGCUUAAAGCCACGAAUAAAUGUCAGUAUGUCAUUGGGCACAACACCCUCUGUUUUCCAAGCAGAGGUGAUGGCGAUACUGGUAGGGGCUCAGAACUUGCUGGUAUACAAAAAUAGGAAGAUAACUAUCUUUAGUGGUAGUCAAGCGGCUUUGAAAGCACUCUGUAACGAUCAGGUGAAUUCAAAGCUGGUCCUCGAAUGCAGGGAAACUUUAGAAUCACUAUCGAGGUUCAACAAAGUUACACUAGUGUGGGUACCGGGACACAACGGUGUCACUGAAAAUGAGAAUGCUGACUUUCUAGCCAGGAAAGGAGCAGAGAACACCUAUGUUGGACCAGAACCAGUGGUAGGACUCACUGAGCAAUCGCUCAAAGCGUUACCCAAGAAUUGGUGCAGAGAACAACACAGGAAAAUCUGGAAGUACUUGGUAGUACCUAGACAAUCUAAAAUGUUUAUCAAGACCCCUGGUCUAUUGCUGGGUGAUCUUAAUAGCAUGACUAGACAUCAAAUAAGCACCCUGACUGAUCUACUGACAGGACAUGGUCACCUGCUUAAACAUCUUAACGCAAUGGGGGUAUCGGAAUCACCAUUGUGCAGGAAGUGUGGAGUAGAAGAGGAAGACUCAUUUCAUAUCAUGUGCGAAUGUGAAGCCUUGUCCACGCUAAGAUCAAACUACUUGAAUAAACCUUUUCCUGAAAAAAAAGAUAUUAAAAACCUAAAACCCAGAGAGAUACUUAAUUUCGCCAGAAAGACAGGACUCUUUGGUCAUCUUUAGAGAUGACUUAUGGUUGGUAAUGUAUUAACACUUUGGUGAUAAUACUUAGGUGGGUAAAUCGAAUCAAGACAAUUCGAUAUGAGGUGCGCACAAUGGACCAACAGGUCUGGGUGCAUGGGCAUUAUGUCCACUUCGAUAAUAACUAAAACUAAGACUAAAACUAUAUAAAUAAUAUUUUUAAGUGUUCUGGAAAAUUUGAUGGAUUAUAUUUAUCAUAAAACAACUCAUAAAUAAAAAAAUCAUUUAAAAUAAUUAUAAAAGUAUGUCACUAUUUGCCUUUGGCAAAUAUUUUCUAAAAUUAAAAACUUUCAAUCUUCUUAAAACAAUUCAAAAACUGUAUCGACUAACUGAAUGAUGGCGUAAUUUGAGCACAUUGAAAAAACGAAUCAAUAAUUGUAGUCAUUUCAUUAUUCACAAUUUUGAUAUACCCAACUAAACAGGUAAUCCAACAUGUUCUUUAACUUUUGACCAAUUUGAUAUUUUUAAAAAACAUUUUAGCUUCGAUGUGAAGCUGAGAAGGUAUUCAUUUUACUAUGAUGUGUUUUUUUUGUGUCUGUUACUACUUUUUUUCAGCUCUUACCGAACCGAUUUCUUUCAAUACGUCAAAAGAUCACAAAUCGUAUCUAAUCGAAGACAUUACCCUCAAAAAUAGAAAAAAUUUCUCUCGUUCCCCAUAAAUAUAGGAAAUCUCUAAAAAAUUUACAAAUUUAAAAAUUGCUAAUUUUCGAAAUUUUUCAAUUUUUUUUACUUAAAACUGCCAUACCUUUUUUAAAUUUGAUAUAAUUUUUUUUUAUUGAUACAUGAGGUAUUUACCUAUCAUUUGGUAUAUAUUUUUUAUAAAUCUGACCCUUUACCUGGAUUCAAAAUGACACCUUUUUUAACUUAAUUUUUGAAAGUGUUCCGAAAAGUCUGACACAUUUAUAUAUAUCUUAAAUUAAAGCUAAUAAAAUAUAAUUUAUUGUGAAAAAAAAAAAAUUCGUACUUUAUUUUGUUUUCAUGAUAAAAAUGUAUAUCAAAGUUAAUAAAAAAAACCCAGCACAGGGGGGUCGCGGCACAGUGGUGACGUGGCAUAGAUGGAUCAAGUAUAAUGAUAUCUGACAGUGAUUAAAAUCACUAUCAAAAAAAAACGCUUCGAUGCAAAUCUUUAGAUAGUGUUUAAUUUUAAAAAAUUGGUGGAUUAUUCCAAAAGCUACAUGAUCUGCUAGUUCAUUAAUAAUAUCCUAAUUAAGAUAAAGUAUGUCAAAUGAAAGAUUUAUAUAAAUACUACUUUUCAUAAAAAAAUAAUAUUGAUCCAUACACUUUUCAAUAUGUCAUAGCAUUAUAAAGUUAAAAAUGUAAAAAAUAAAAUCGAGAAUUUUCACACAAAAAUAGCAUUCGGUAGCCAUUUUCACCGUGAAGAUAAGAUAAAGUCCGAAAUUUUUUUUUUUCAUGAUAAAGUAUAUUACAUUAGCUUUAAUUUAAGAUAUAUAUAAAAUUGUCAGAAUUUCCGGAACACUUUCAAAAUUUAAGUUGAAAAAGUCAAUUUUUUGUGAAAAAGUUGUCAUUUUGAAUCCCCCCCUGUAGGCAGGUAAAAAGUCAGAUUUAUAAAAAAAAUAUACCAAAUGAUAGGUAAAGACAUCAAGCAUCUAUAAAAAAAAAAUUAUAUUGAUAUGUUCAUUUUUGAAAAAGUUACGGCAGUUUUUACUAAAAAAAAUUGAAAAAAUUUCGAAAAUUAGCGAUUUUUAAAUUUGUAAUUUUUUUGGAGGUUUCC